GGAGAAACCGUGUUCGAACCGUGAUAAGCUUCGCGCCGUUUUUCUCUGACCCGUUCCGACCGGACCCGCCCUGGGCGGUCGCAGCUAGCAGUCUGUUUUAGGUCGUUCAACGGAUCAGAUGCAAUCGCGCAGCCGCCCUAUACGCCCGGUACGAUGGUAGCGUUCGCGUUGAAUUGUGCUGUUGCCCUAGGGCUGUUGCUGGUGUCGGCCACCAAAGGGAGUCCACUCGGGACCGAAUGUCCUCCGGUGGAGGCUCCAUCUCCGGCCGAGCUCGCUUGGCAACCGCGUACGCCGGAGCAAACGCUGUACGCGUACGUGCGGUGCCUCAACGAUUCGUCCGCCAGUGUUGAGAUGAAGAUCCGUUGGGUCAUGUGGCAGCCGGAUCAGUCACCGGAGAGCCAGUGUUACGUGAAGUGUGUCAGCGAGGACCUGCGGCUGUACGAUCCCGUUCGGCGUCGCUUUGUGCCGGAACGGUUCGUGCAGCAGGCACGCGCCUUUCACGAGGAUGCAGACUCGGAUCUAGGGGAGCUGUUCGCGGACGCGCAUCGGUUGCUGGUGGGCGAGCUAACCGAUAGCGAGUGUGGGACCGUGUUCGCAAAGUACGCUCCUUUCUACGCCGUACACCAGGAGCACAUACUGGACAUCUUUCACGGUGAUCUGCGCAAGAUUCUGCUCACCUACGAGCGGCUUGGAUCGCGUGUGAAGCAGAUCGGCCAGAGCUUUGUUGAUUACUGUGAGAAACGGUACGCAUUCGGUUGGUCGGAGGAAGAGCAACGUGCCUGCCCGAAUCGAACGGCCGUCGAGUGCAUUUUCCGUGGCUUUCGCUGGAUCACCGAGGAGGGCACCGUGAAUGUCGCGGAGAUAGUGCGAGAUUUCGAAGGGUUCGGGGUAGCGGCUAACGCACUGGAAUCGUGUCAGGUGGUGGGAGAGCUGUACACGUGCCUGCGGACUGCUAGUGCUGGAAAACUGUCCGAUGUGAUAAGCCAACGGAACGCCAAGACGGCAUUCUACUUCGAUCAGUCGUCCCAGGACGAACCGUGGAAGUCGGCUGUGGAGUACGGCAACUCACGGCUUAACCGAUCACUUUGAGCAAACGAGUGCCUUAGAGAAAGGAAUUAAAACCUUUUUUACCUCAGGAAACGCCACUGACAUAUGGUUAAGUAAAUAUGGCGAGUCGACGUGAUUUAAGAAGGAACAAGCGUUCCACGAAAU